AUGAGUGCAGAUGCCCAACACUGGGGUCGCCCAACAACAGAUAACCCACUCGACAAUACAGAAUCCUCCGAAUUAGAGGCCGAUGUCAGAGCUUUCCACAGUAAUCUUAGCCUCGAUAUUGUCGUCGAUUUGCGAACCCUUAUCAACGGCGCGAGACUCGCAAAGCACCGAUUGCGCAAUGUCCCGUCCGGGCUUACCCCCGCGGAGUUGGAGACUUUAAGCAGGGAGAGCUCGGAGAAAUAUUUGUCGUUCUUGCAAACUAGGGGUCUCCUUGUUACCGUUAUGGCCACGGCCUGUGCGGCAAUCACACAGGGAUGGCAGCAAUCAACAAUCAAUGGCAGCGCGCUUUUGAAGUGGCAAGAUGACCUCGGCCUUGAUACUGGUCGUGACAUGCUUUUGAUUGGAUUCAUCAAUGCAGCUCCUUGGCUUUCCGGCAGUCUUAUGUAUGUUGUCUCCCCACUCCAACCCAAUUGA